AAAGACAAACUUAGUGCUGGUCAGCGAAAGUUGCUCAAAGUUUUGUCUUUGGCGCGACUCAGUAUCCCGAGCACCGAGCACAAAACAGUUUGUUUGCAUCACUGAUUUCUUUUAAAGGGAUACGGACCCAGUUCUUGGUCGACCGCAGGGUCACGACAGGCGAACAUGAGAACAUCAAAAAAAUACUUAACACACAUCCCCUGCGCGUUUGAAAUCACGCAGGGAAGAGUCUUGGGCUGUCACGUUUCACUUUUGAUGCAUUUUGUUGCCAAUUAUGAGGCGACAUGACACAUUAGACAAUCCUGCAAACCAGAGUGCUUACAUUACACGAUACAACCAACAAAGUGUUGUUGCUCUGGAUUCAAAAAAUAAUAAUGAUAAAAUAAUUUUUUCUUUUGAGAUUUAAUUCAAUUUUUGAAGAAAACACGGUCACUCCACCCUCAGUUCAAAACGUGAGUACACAGACAUGCAGCAGUUUGUGUCCGCGGUUAAGCUUGGCCAGGACACUGACUUUAAGUCACUCCGAGUCCAUCUGACCUCACAGGUGUUAGAAUAACCUCUAAUGCGUCUGUAUUCUGGGAUAUUUCCGACAGAUACUGCCGUUAUACACUGUUGUCCAAAGAUGUAUUUCACUUGAUAUCCAAACACAUGUUGCCUCAAAGAUUUUCACGUCACGGAUCCCCAGAUACAUCCACGUGAGGCCAUUUUCCUCUAUUUUGAUGGGAUUGCGUUUGAUCUGGCUUCAGGAGAGCAGAUUUCUCUUGUUAUUGGUUGUAAAAUCAAACUGUAUUCAACUAUGGGGUUUGUGAAAGUGUCGAGGAUUAAACAUCUUCACAACAAACAUGUGUUAUAGUGCAUUAAAGCAAAGUGAAAAUGUACUAUUGCUCAUUUUAUUGGGGAUCCCUCCAUGCCCUGCAAGCAAGGAACCCCGGGGGUCCCUGCAACCCAAUUUGACAACCGAUACUUCAAUCUCCCAUUGUUUUUAGAAACACAAACGAGCCGAUGUGCAUCGUGUUUUCCUUUGCAAACUUAAACUCCAAUAAAUUAAGUUGCAUGUUCAUAAACACAGAUGAAUUAUUGGGAGUAUCCGAGGGCAUGCACAGGAUUUAAAUUAGGUUUCUUCUCCGUUAGUCCAGGACUCUUUCCCUUUACCAAGGCGAGGAUGGGCGUUUGUGGACUGCUCUGGAGUCUGCGUCACGUGGCCUGGUUUCUGCCACCCUAUUGGUCCAAGGCACGUGUCAGGGAGGACGGUGGGAAAACGUCACUCGGGGGGCUCGUAUUGAAAAUAAGAACAAAACUCCAGAGUGAGUGUAUUAGAGCAUCAGUUUAGGAGCCUCUUUAUUUACCCUUAGUUUAGUUUAGGUGUAGGCAUUACUGAGCACACUGAAAUCGGAUAACACUAAAUUGGAUGGUGCGCAAAUGGCACAUGUUUUAGCUCUACGGUGUCAGUUGUAACCCGAGAUAGAGGGAAUAUAUGUCAAAAAGUAUGCUUUUCUCAGAGGACACUACCGCAAGGCUUUGCAUGGUGUCCAAGCCACUCACUAGCAUUUGAGUUUUAUUUUUUUUAUUUAUUUUACGCGUGCAGUUUUUUUAAAUUUAAUUUCCCUGAAGUUCUUUACGUAUUUUAUUGCAGCGGAGAGAGCGAUAAAGGGGUUAAAGAGAGUAAAGCGGGGAAAGUGAAUCAGUAUGGAAGAAAAUGAUCACGGCAACAGAGACGUGGUGGAGCGGCAGGAGUCGGCGGAUGAAUCAAACAGAGCCAUCCUUCCCCUGUUACAGGCUCCGGGGAACCUGCAGAUCCCUCACCGGGUCACCAAUUUCUUCAUCGACAACAUCCUGCGGCCGGAUUUCGGGAAGAGAAAAGACGGGGGCGCAAACCGCGAAGAGAGUAGCCUGGCAUCGCGGGAGAGCCACAACAGCCCCGCCGCCCCUCAGACCGAACCGGUGGGGAGCACGGUGCCGGCGGAGGGGACCUCCACUCCACACACGGUUACCGCGGGUAAGAAGCCCACUAUAGCCGCCGAGGAGCCCCUGAAACCCCGCGGGGAGAACGGAGACCAGUGCCUAAGCUCAGACUCAGACAGUUCCCAAGCCAGCUCAAACCCAGCCACGUCCCAGCCCAUGCUGUGGCCAGCCUGGGUCUACUGCACCAGAUACUCGGACAGGCCUUCUUCAGGGCCAAGAUCUCGCAAACCAAAGAAGAAAACGACCAGCAAAGAGGACAAGCGACCACGGACGGCCUUCACAGCAGAACAGCUGCAAAGACUAAAAUCGGAGUUUCAGACAAAUCGGUAUCUGACCGAGCAGAGGCGGCAGAACCUGGCGCAGGAACUGGGCCUGAACGAGUCCCAGAUCAAGAUCUGGUUUCAGAACAAGAGGGCCAAAAUCAAGAAGGCCAGCGGCACUAAAAACAGUCUGGCCUUGCACCUGAUGGCACAGGGACUGUACAAUCACGCCACCGUCACGUCGAAAGACGAAAAAUCAGACAGCGAUUGAUUUUCAGAGAAGUAACAGCAGCCUCCUUGACGAAAAAGAGCCUAUAGUAAUCCUAUAUAGUUUGUUUUAUAGAGAUAUCACAGCGAAACUCUGCCUACAGGAAUAUUUCAUCACACAGCAGCAGAUACAAAUACCACUGAGUACUAAAUGCUGACCCAGUAGACAUACAAUGGGUUCAGGGCAGCAUGAGAAAUAAUUACAAAAAUACUCCAGAUGAACAGUAAGGUCAGUGGACAACCGAGAGUCCACACAGGAAUACUGAAUGAUCUCUAUAGGUUCCUAUAGGAGUAUUAUAGGGAUUUUUCGUUAUAUGGGAGGUGUAAUCAAGCCUACAAUGCAAUAAUUUCAUCGAAUAAAGGGCCAGUGUAUAGAGUAUACCAGCAUAAAUUGUUUAAAAAAUAACAGAGAGAGAUAUUUCUGCAAUAUCACGUCUAUAAAAGAUGUUGUAUAAAGGUAUGUUUUCAUUGUUUGUCGUUCCCCCUCACCCCGCCCCCCCCCACAGGAGGUACAAAUGCUUACACCCUUCAUUUUUCUAUAGGCCUACUGCUAUCCAUGAUUGUCAUCAUUUUACAUUUAACUGGCACUUGACGUUUCGAUCUUGUCAGUGAAGUGAACAAACUUAAAGUCCAAAGAAUAUUUUUCUGCUGCAUCCAGGCUACUGUGAAUUUAAAUAAAUGCUAACACGAUUUUAUUUCCAUGCUUGUUGGUUUCCUUGGUUGUGUUUGAUGUAAAAAAAAAAAAAAAAAAAAAAAAAAAAAAAAUGGACAGGAGGUGUUUUUGAGUCUCACUCGUAGACCUAAUUGGGCAGACAAUGAAUUUUGAUACGUUUUUUAAAAAAGAAAUUCACAGGAACAGUUUAUUAUUAUAAGUGACUGAGAGAGGUAGCGAUUUUUUCUAACACGCCACUUCACUAAAAUGCUGACUUAAGCCUUGUUUCUAUGUAUGUGGUCGUCUCAUAGCCUUUAAACAACUAUUAUGCGCGUAUUCCCUUCGUUAUACCAAUGCAUCAGUGCAGCUAUUAUAGUUUUAAAUAGCAAUAUGAGUCAUUUUUUUGUAGCUAAAUGAUUUCGAGGCUAUAAUGCUGCCCAUAAAGUCACAGAAACAACUCUGUAGCAUAAAGACAAUGAUGACAACCAUUUUGCGCACUCUUGAGUAUAGACUAUAAAUGCAGGUUAUUGGAUGUUCUUGUUAAAUCUUUCUCUAUAUACAUUUUUAUUACAUAUCCAUAUAUCAUAAAAGAAGGCAAAUCCGUCAGUGACUGUAUUACAAAUGUUGGAAAUCUUAUCGUUGUUGAAAGGACUUCAUAUGUGUAUUUAUAUAGAUUAUAUUGAGAAAAAAAUCUAUCCAAUGACCAGUGUUGCUUUAGAGUAGAUAUCUGAGGUGUUUACACUGCUUGUUUAUCUUGCAAUAACUUCUUUUUGUUUUCUUUUUUUUUUUUUUUUGUGAAUGAAAAAUAGUUUAUGGGGCCUUUGCAUGAAAGCUGCAAUUUGUUGUACUUGGGCAAAUAACUGUGUUUAUAAACUUUGGUCUGUAUCGACGAAAGUAUGAUCGAGCUAAGUUUUAGACUGUAUCCAUACCAAAUUGUGGACUUUUUGCCUUUCAAAGUGUUUUUGUUGUGUAUCUGCAAAAAGUGUGUGUGAAUUAAAAUCCACCAAACAGAAACACACUUUGCCUUAAAGUUCAAGUGUGAACUUUUUAUGAAACAGAACUGUGCCGAAUCAGAGAAGCAGUAUUACUUCAAAUGCAGACUAUUCAAGUUUAAUGCCUUUAUGAGAACUGCUGGUACGACAUUAUGAAUUUACUCAUCAGCGUAUAUCUAUCUAUAUAUGAACAUGUUUAAAUAAAAUUACAACACAGAGUUGUAGAAUACAAUGCUAUUUUUUAUUUUAUGUUGGAAGUAUUCUUUGGUAUAAAUGUACAUAAUUUGUAUCAUGUAUUAAUUGUGUAAUUAACUGCCUCCUGAAAACUGCAAAAGAAGAGUAAAUAAAGCUUGAAGAUUA